AUCGAACUUAGUUUUUUUUAUCAGCACUCCAAAUAUCCAAACACCACCCAUUCAACCACUCUCAGGUCGUUUGCCGGCACAUUUUGCACCAGUGAUUUCCCUCUAAGCUAGGGAUACACUUUUGCAUUAUGGCGACGCUGCAGGAAAAGCUCGACAAGAUAAAAUCUCCAAAGCUGCAAAACCAGCACCAUACUUCAGUAGUCCUCUCCGCAGUCGAAGAUACGCUCCGCGACCAAAAUGCCGACUUCACAGCAACCGCAUACUUCGCUGCCCUCCUCGCCCUCCUAGGACAGGCCAUCUCGACGACCCAGGGCAUCGUAAACAAAGAGCUCGCUUCUUCUAUCGUCUACCUCCUCGACACAGUCGCCCCCUUCGUCCCCGGCCCCCUCCUCGUCUCCAAGUUCUCUCAGAUCCUCACCAGCCUUGCGCCUGCGCUCACACUCCCAGAAGCCGAAGCCCCGCUUCUUAAAUCGUCCGUAGGAUGUCUACAGUCGCUGUUGGUCGCCCAGGAUUCGGCGGCAUGGGCUCUGCCACCGUCACAGAUAGGCCCGCGCAGGGCUAUGGCUGGCCUAAUGGCGCUCGCGGUAGACCACAGACCCAAAGUACGCAAGCGGGUGCAUGAUACGUUGAUCUAUGUGUUGAAAAAUCCCCCACCAAGUCCGUCGCUAGACCACCCUGCAGCGGAUAUGUGUGCGGAAACAGCACUGCAUACUCUAAGUGAGAGUAUCACUGCGGCAGCGAAGGCCAAAAAGGGUCGACAUGGGCAACAGCAGGCGAGCCAGCACGAACCAAUGGUCAUCCACGCGGUGCAGUUGGUGAAGACAAUUGCAACCGCUUCGGGCGGUUGGCCGACGAAGAAGAUCGAGCCGUUGUGCGAGUUGUUGAUGAACGUGUCAAAAUCGUCCAACGAGUACCUAACAAUGGCGGCAUUUGAAGUUUUCGAGAUUAUAUUUGAGGGCAUGGCGGAUGAUUUCUCCUCGUCCAAGCUGCCGCGUCUUAUGGAGACGAUUUCGGAGCUGAAGCCCGCGCAGAACGAUUCGCAAUUACUCCCUCCGUGGAUUGCGGUGCUCUCGAGGGGCUACGACGUAUCAGCGCAGGUGAACCCUGAAGAGACGUUUGAGAAGCUCCCAGAGCUUUUUGACCUUAUCUCAUCCUUCCUUGCUUCGCCGUCUCGGAAUAUUAGGGUGUCUGCCUCUGAGUGCCUCAUCUCGUUUCUCGUCAACUGUAUUCCGGACACAGUCAUCCUUGAACCCUCGAUAUAUGACGAAAAGGUGUUUGAGAAACUGGCUAAAAUAGCCACUGGGCUACUUUCUGUCAAAUACCAAGCUGCAUGGAUGGAGGUAUUCAACCUACUCGCUGCAAUGUUCGAUGCUCUGAAGUGGAGAUCAUUCCCCGUUCUAACGGACAUCCUACGGACGGUCGGGGAGCUACGGGGUAAUGAAUCGUUUACCGGCAAGAAACAAGCCGACCAAGUCCUCGGUUCUGCAAUUGCCGCAAUGGGUCCGGAGGCAGUAUUGCAAAUAUUACCUCUGAAUAUCACACAUCAAAAGGCAGGCCAACCAGGCCGAGUCUGGCUUCUUCCCAUUCUCAGAGACCACGUAUCAAAUACACGCCUGUCAUUUUUCCGGUCUGAAUUCGUGCCACUCAGUGAAGCGCUAUUCCAGCGCGUUCUCGAAUACGGCAACGCUGAGAAAACUGUCGAGGUGAAAAUCUUCGAAACUCUCGUCCAGCAGACUUGGGCGAUUCUGCCGGGAUUCUGCGAACUGCCACUAGAUCUUACGGAAUCCUUUGAUCAAAGCUUUGCUGAGUUGCUUGCAAAUGUGCUCUACAAGCAAACGGAGCUGCGUGUAGAUGUGUGCAGAGCGUUGCAGAAUCUUGUGGAGUCAAAUCAAGCGAUUAGUUCGUUGGAUACCGAGCAGGACGAUCUGAUCCUUCAGCGACGGAUAACGAAGGAAGCUGCGAAGAAAAAUCUUGCACAUCUUGCUAGUUUCUCUAGUAAUCUACUCGCUGUGCUCUUCAAUGUUUAUAGUCAGACACUUCCUCAAUUCAGGGGCUUCCUACUCCGAUGCAUCAACGCAUAUUUAAGCAUUACAGGCGAGCAGGAAUUGAUCGAAACUUUCACGCGCGUCACAACGAUGCUUGAGGGCUCCCUCAACGAGCCGGAACCCGCAGAGCAGAAGCAACCGAAAGGCUCCGGCGACAAGAUGCCGCCAGCCUCUCACACCCUGAUGGAUCUUGUCGUUACGAUAUCGAUAUAUCUACCGAGAUCAAGCUUCGUCACGCUAUUCUCGCUUGCCGCGGUCGUCCUCAACAAAAAAUCCUCCGACCCCCAGUUAAUCAAGAAAGCAUACAAACUCAUUCCGCGCCUCGCUACGACCGAAAACGGUGCCGCCGCGCUCCGCGAACGCAGCUCCGAGCUACAAUCUCUCAUCCUUGCAACAGCGGACCAAACACCAGCCCCAGCCCGCCGUGACCGGCUACUUGCCGUCCAUGAAAUAGUUACCUACCUCCCAACCUCAGACCUAUAUUUCAUCCCUUCUGUGCUGCCCGAAGUAGUGCUAGGAUGUAAGGAGAGUAACGAAAAGGCGCGCACAGCCGCGUUCUCCUUACUCGUCCACCUCGCCCAGCGCACUAUAGACCCAGACCUCAACCCGGCUGGCACAGUAAUCCGCAACUCGCUCGUGCCGCACAUGCCUGAUACAGCCCCAGAUGCCCCCGCCACGAUCGAAGAGUUCUUCACCAUGGUCUCCGCCGGUCUUGCAGGCAGCUCGCCGCACAUGGUCGCUGCCUCAGUAACGGCAUUAUCCCGGCUCCUCUUCGAGUUCCACACAAAGUUACCGGCGUCCAUCCUGUCCGAUCUCGUGCAGACCAUCGAUCUGUUCCUAACAAGCAACAGUCGCGAAAUCGUCCGGAGUGUGCUGGGCUUCGUCAAAGUUGCCGUCGUCGUGUUACCCGAAGACAUGCUCCGGCCGCGCCUCGAUUCACUCGUACCCAACCUCCUGGUCUGGAGUAAGGAGCACAAGGGCCGGCUAAAGAGCAAAGUAAAGGGCAUCCUCGAGCGGUUAAUCCGACGCUUCGGCGCUCCGCUCCUGGAGGGCCUAGUCGGCGAAGCUGACCGCAAGUUCGUCGUAGCGAUCCGCAAAGAACGUGAACGGCGCAAGCGUAAGAAGGCGCAAGCCAAGGAAGGCGGGGAUGAGGAUGAAGACGGGGACGAGCAUGGUGGAGACGCCAGCCGCGCACGCAAGGGCGCAUCAGCGACGGUGACGCACCAACCCCGCGGCGGCGAAAAAUCCUUCAGCAGCGAAUUCGACAAAGCCGUCUACGGCUCCGACAUGUCCGACUCAGACUUCGCAACGACAGACUCAGACGACGCGAGCGAAAUCGACAUCGACGAGCAGGGCAACAUGCACGUAUCCUCAUCAUCCCAUAAAUCCGGCCGCAAGCAGCAGCAGCAGCAACAACGAGGAGCGGGGGGAGCUGGACGACAGAAACCUAGCCGGCCAGGCGCACAAUCGCAAACGCAAUACAUCCGUGAACUCUCGCCGGAAUCGAACCCGCUCGAUCUCCUCGCGCCCGAUGCGCUCGCGAGCAUUUCAACGACGAAGCCCUCCGUGCGCUUCCUGGCGACGAAGACUCGCAAGCGCGCCGCGCGCGUCGAUGCGGAUGGGAAGUUACUGUUGGGCUUGGAUGGGGAUGGAGAUGUCGGUAUGGCUUCUGGCGGUGCUGGUGGGAGCAGUGAUCGUAAUGGCGGCGGCGGUGGCGAGGGAGCGGGCGAAGCCGAGGGCGCUACUGGCGUCAAUGCGUAUUUAUCUGCUGUUAGUGGGCCGGAUGCGGUGCGGAGGGGUCAGCGGGGCCGGCUGAAGGUUAGCCAGGGGCGGAAGAGGGGUGGGGAUGAGAUGGAUAUCGAUGAUGAUGAGGGCGGGGUCGAGGAUGCGAAGGCGAUUGGGAGGGAGGUUAAGGGGGCUAGUGGUAGUGGGAGGAGGGGAUUGGGGGCUGAGAAGGUUAGGGGUGAGAGUGGGAGGGUUGAGAAGAGGGGGUCUGGGAAGGGGGGACGGUUUGGUGGUGGUGGUGGUAGUGGAGGGAGGGGUGGGAGGGGGAGAGGGGGGAGGAGGUAGAGGAGCUAUGGAGGGGUGAUAUUGGUUGGUGAAUUGAUAUGAUGGACUGGUGAUACCUCUGUGUUAUCUAAAAAUAUGGAAUUGAAUGGUCCACGGAAAAAGACGGUUGAUUGAAAAAUUUACGCUCGGUGUUCUCCCUGCCCCUUUGAUUUGGUUAUUUUCUAUUUACUUACUCCGUAUUUUCGCUUCCAUUCUCGCUCUCAAAUCUUCAAUAUGAUAAAUCAAAAUGCUUCUUCCUAGAUAUGCUGAUAUACUCCCUAUAUGAAAUCGCCUUAAAUUUUUCUCUUCUUCUUUUCCUUUUUUGGUUUAUCGACAAAUCACGAUUUCAAUAUCUCUCUCCCUUCCAGCCUGCCCAAGCCCCCCACCAUCUACGUACAUAAUAGCCAAAAAAAUAUGCACGUACAUACUUUGUAUGUACUGUACAUGCAUGUAUACGUGCAACAACAGCAACUGUCCGACAUAACAGAUAUGCAUAGAAUCGCAUAGCUGUUACCGUUUCUGGUACUAUCUUAGGAUAUGCAGAUAUGUCUGGGCGAGCGCAGACAGCAUAAUCUGUGCUUGAGUCGUCUGCCGGCUUCUCUGCGUGCGGGGGGGUUGGAUUUGCGAGAAAGAAAUGAAGUAACAAGAGAAGGGGAGAGAAAAUAACAAAAUUCAUUAAAAAGGCGUUAUCUGGGUGGAAUAUUUAGCUAAUAAAAUAUUAUUAAGUUACCUAUUUCUCAUCAGACAGACAUGA